GGAGAAGCCGCGGACAUUGCGCAAGGCCGGCCGCGCUCCAGCUGCCGCUGCGGCCGCGUCCCCCGCGGGCCCGCUCGGAGCGUGUUUGCUCGGACGCUGUUUGCUCAAAGGCUGUUUUUUGCUCUUCCCUUCCGCUCCACGUGAUGCCUUGGGCCGAAAACUCUUCGUGCUCGGCUCGGAGAGCUCGGCUCGUCCGGCAUGACGGUCAGCUUGGCGCUGCGGGCGCUCGCCGUGCUCCCGCUGGGGCUGUGCUGGCUCCCUGAGAAAUUCCUCGGCGCUCUGGAUGGGGAAGAUGUUUUGUCUUACUUUGGAACCAGCUCAGUGUCUGAUGUACCUGAGUUUGUUGUGGCUGAGCCAGCUUGCCCUUGUAAAGAAGAACAUUUUGGGCUGAGGCCCUGUCGGGUCCAGCAUUGCUCCAUCCAGGCCUGGGGGCAGCUCUAUGCCUUUGAAUUCCUAGAGGACCACGCCCUCCUUUCCUCCUCCUUUGUGAGCAGCCAGGUGGUGAACUCUUCCUUUAUUUUACUGAAGAGAUUCCCAGGGAGCUGCUUUGCAGGUGGAAAAGCCCUGCAGCCUCCUGGGGCCAGGAGCAGAGUCACCUUCUGUGAAGGGCAGCUGCAAGGAGUGGUCACCGUGGGUGAGGAGAAGGUUCACAUCAGGCCAGUCAGGAGCAAAGAUGUGGCUCUGCUGAAGGACCUCGGCUUCUCCAGCCCCCACAUCCUCUUCAAAAGUGCUGCAAGAGAGGCAAAGCCAGCCAGAGCAGGGUGGGCUCCUCCUCGCCUGCACAAGAGGGCUGAGGCAGCUGUCAAACAUCUGGAGCUGAUGGUGGUGGCAGGGCCAGAUGUUUACUUGCACCACAGAGAGGACACGGAGCGUUACAUCCUGGCCAACCUGAACAUUGGAGCAGAGCUGCUCAGAGAUGCCUCACUGGGGGCUCAUUUCAGAGUUCACCUCAUGCAAAUGCUGGUUUUGAGAGAGCCAGAGGCAGAGGUGAACAUCACCACCAACAUCACCUCCUCCCUCAUCAGUGUCUGUGAGUGGAGCAAGAAGGUGAACCCCCAGAACGACUCUGACCCCCAGCAUGCUGACAUUGUCCUCUACAUCACCAGGUUUGACCUGGAGUUGCCUGAUGGGAACAAGGAACUUCGUGGAGUGACUCAGUUAGGGGGAGUCUGCUCCUCCUUCUGGAGCUGUGUCAUUACCCAGGACACUGGCUUUGACCUUGGAGUCACCAUAGCCCAUGAGAUUGGGCACAGCCUUGGCAUUGCCCACGAUGGAGAGGGGAAUGUGUGCAGCAGCAGUGGUUACAUCAUGGGCUCAGCAGGAAACCACAACAGCAUCGACCUCACCUGGUCUCCGUGCAGCCGGGAGCAGUUCCUGGCCCUUGUCAGUACAGGCCAAACAAGCUGCUUGAAUGACCUGCCGGACAUGGACGGCAGCAUCCCAGGGUGGAAGCCUGGCUUGUACUACGGAGCAGAUGAGCAGUGUAAAAUUGCCUUUGGGAGUAUGGCCACAGCUUGCACCUUUGCUGACACCAAUGUUGACAUCUGUAAAGUUCUCUCAUGCCAUGUACAGCCAGCAGACAAAUCCAGCUGUACUCGGCUUCUGGUUCCCCUCCUGGAUGGAACUGAGUGUGGGAUCAACAAGUGGUGCUCCAAGGGUCAGUGCAGCUCUCUGGAGGAACUGAACCCCAUGGCUGUGGUCCAUGGGCACUGGUCUGCCUGGAGCCCCCUCUCCCCCUGCUCCCGCAGCUGCGGCGGGGGGGUGGUGCUGAGGCAGCGCUUCUGUAACAACCCCAGGCCUGCAUUUGGGGGGCAGGAGUGCCACGGUGCCAGCAUGCAAGCAGAGAUGUGCAAUACGCAGGCCUGUCUGAUGACCCAGCAGGACUUCAUGUCUGAACAAUGUGCAGCAACAAAUUUAAAGCCACUGUACCUUGAUGUAGAAACACCAUCCUUUUAUACCUGGACCUCUGCUGUUGGCUUUGCCAAAGGGGACCUGCUCUGCAAGCACAUGUGCAGGGCUGUGGGCAAGGAGUUCAUGGUGAGCCGUGGGGACAAUUUCCUGGAUGGAACCAGGUGUGAGCAGGAUGACACGGAGCACCACGGGGAUCUCCAUCUGUGUGUCAUGGGGAGAUGCAGAGCAUUUGGGUGUGAUGGCCAGAUGGGCUCCAGGAAGGCCAUGGAUCCCUGCAAGGUCUGUGGGGGUGACAACUCCACCUGCACUGAAGUGAGUGGAUCCUACACAGAAGGGAAAGCUAAAGAGUAUGUGACAUUUCUGUCCCUGCCCUGCAACACCACCUCAGUCCAUGUCACCAACAGGAGGCCUCUCUUCACACACCUGGCUGUGAAGGUUAAAGGAGAGUACGUGGUGGCUGGAAAAGGAAAAAUCUCACUGAAUGUCACCUACCCGUCAGUUCUGGAGGACAACCAGAUCAAAUACCAAGUGUUUCUCACCCAGGACAACCUGCCAAGCCUGGAGGAAAUCCAUGUGGAUGGGCCAACACAGGAAGAAAUUGAAAUACAGGUCUACAGGAGGUACACAAAAGAAUAUGGCAAUGCCACCAACCCAGACAUCACCUUCAGCUACUUUGUCCCCAGGGAGAGCCUGACCUAUCUGUGGAUUCCUCAGCUUGGCCCGUGUUCAGUGACCUGUGGGGAAGGGGUGCAGCCAGUGGCUCACGUGUGCUUUGAUCAGACCAAGAAUGAAGUAACAGAGGAUCAGUGGUGUCUGGAGCUGCCACAGCCCCUCCCAGAGCACAAGCCCUGUGCCAUGGAGCCGUGCCUCUACAGGUGGAAGAUGUCUCAGAGAGAUGAAUGCUCUGCUGUCUGUGGGACUGGAGUUGCCCAGCAGAACCUGACCUGUGUGCAGUUCCAUGAUGGCCUGGAGACUGUGGUGGAUGACAGCCUGUGCCCAGCAGAAGAAAAACCCCUCUCCCUUGUGCCAUGUGUGGUCAAUGUCUGCCCUUUGGGCUGGGACAAAGGCAGCUGUUUUUUGCUCUGUUCUGAGGAGGAAGAUGCACACUUACUUCAGCCUCUGGAGUCACUUGGGCAUGUCCAGCUGGAAAAUCAGACUGUGUAUGUCUGGAGCCCUGUAGCUGGGGAGUGUUCUGUCUCCUGUGGUAGAGGUAAGACUCAGCUGCACUAUGUUUGUGUGGCUUUUGACACCAAAGAAGAAACCCAGGAGGAAAACUGUCAGCCAGUGCCAAAGCCAGAGAGCAGGGUGAAAGUCUGUGAUCUCAACCCCUGCCCACCAAGGUGGAAGGUAACCCCAGCUGGGCCCUGCUCCUCCAGCUGUGGGCUGGGCUUAGCAGUGCAGCUGGUCACCUGUGUGCAGACCCUCCAUGGCCAGGAGGUCUUGCAGGAGGAACAUUUGUGCCCUGUGGCAGAGAAGCCCCUCACCAGUGUCCCCUGUGUCAUCCGCACGUGCUCUUACGAGUGGAGCUUCAGCGAGUGGUCAGAGUGUUCAGCAUCCUGUGGGAAUGGCAUUCAGACCAGGCAGGAUUUCUGUCUCAGCUCUCUGACCCACAAGCCCGUGAAUCCCCUUUUCUGCCGGCACUUCCCCAAGGCCAUCGUGGUGCGUGGCUGCUCCGCAGGGCCCUGUCCUGAGCAGGAGGGGACCCAGUCCCCUGGGGCAGAGCUGCAGCCAGUGACACCAGCCACACACCUGCCAACAGCUGCAGCUGCCCCCGACCAUGGACACAAAGACCUGGAUGUCCCUCUGUCUGCUGGGCCCUGGGAACAGACAAAGCCCAGUGGAGAUGUCUGUGGAAACCUGUUUCUCAAUGCCACUGGCAUCAUCAACAUGACAGGCGUGGAGAGCAGGGACUGCACCGUGGCCAUCGGGCGUCCCCUGAGGGAGGAGAUCUCGGUGACCAUCCUGGAGAGCUCCCUCAACUGCAGUGCAGGUGAGGUCCUGCUGUUUUUUGGGCGAAUGAUGUGGCGGACAGGCUGCAGGAAGCUCCCUCUGUCACUGAUAAAUUCCAGAACCAACACACUGAUUGUGAAACAGCGUGUUGUGCUGCCAGGAAAUGGGGUCAUUCUGCAGUACAACAGCAGAACUGCAACCAAAAAAUAUUACCAAGACUGUGACCAGCAGCUGUUUGGCCCCCAGGGUGAAAUAGUGAAUCCUGUGCAGCUGCCUGCUGAGAGGCAGGAGGUGGUGUGCCGGACUUUCAUCACGGUGGCUCCGCGGCAGCGCAUCUCCAUCCGUGCCCUCAACACUGACCUGGGCCCUGAGGGCAACCACACUCACUUCAACUACAUCCUGGUCCGAGAUGUCAGCACCAUGAAGACAGUGGUGUUCCAUGGGAAGCAGCAAUUCCUGUGGCAGUCAACAGGAAGCCAAGCUGAAAUUGAAUUCCAUGAAAAUGUUAAGGAUCACAGAACCCAUUUCUGGGCUGAAUAUCAUGCUAUUGAGCCCAAAUAAAAGCACUGCCCUGAGAAAGGCCCAGUUGGUCACUGCUGCCUGCUCACAGCACACAUUUAAUCUUCUUGCAACUGCUUCUUCAUCUGCUGAGUAAGAACAAUGUCUGCUGACUCCUUUGGGAUCUCAGUCUUGAUAAAGAUCAUACAAAAGAUAUGUAACCUCCAAAUAUUUAGCAAAUCUUCCUUUCUAUCUGAUUUGGUUGGCAUUAAUGCACUUUACAUGUCUGCAGGAGGUGACUUGGGCACUGGAGUGUGUCAGGGUCCUGCCUCUGUAAUGUGGUGGGGCCUUUUAGGAGAGUCAUUUGAUUUCUUGGUGUUCCAGUAUAAACCUCUGCACACCACAAGUAAUGUUUUAGCCAUUAAAUUCACUCCCUUGUAGUGUAAAUGCCCCUCAAAACUGAGGCACAGUGAAGUUCUGGAAUGGAAUAAAGAAGGCAGAGAUGUGUAUGAGGAUAAACUGCCAGCACAAGGAGAUGUGUGGGGUGGGCAGUGCCACCCUAGGACAGGUCACUCAAAGCUUGAAUGUUUUCAGAAGUUGGCUGAACUGAGGCCCUGCUGGGCAAGCCCUGGUGACAGCUGGCUUUAUGUGGGAGGACUAAAUGACAUCCUGAGGUCCCUCCCCAGCCACCCUUUCUGUGGUUCUACUGUUGCAUAUCUGACAGUGAUACCACCACUUCUUUUCUGUGAGAAAAUGAAAAAAUUAAUGCCAGGUUUGAUGCCAGGUCUGACUUGCUCAGAUAAGAACAGCAGCUGUGCUAUCAAUCUGUAUCUUUAUUUGACAAGAACUAUGGUUGAGGCUGCAUGGACAAGCUGUGGUAGGAAGCAGGAUUUUAGAGCAGUGGCAAAUAUUCACACAAGCUUCAUUUAAAUGUAUUUUUUAGGUUAUUUCUUUUUUUUUUUUAGUGUCUUGAACAUUGGGCUGUGCUUUGGUCCAAAUCUGUCAUCCUCCUCAAAAUCACAAUAUACUGCUUAAAGGUCUUUUCUGCACCUGGAGCCUGGCUGGUCACAUCUGCUCUUGCUCUUCAUGCUGGAUGCAAUAAAUGGUUCUGCCUGGGCAGCUUUAACCCUG